AUGUUAACAAAGUUCUUAAGCAUUAUCUUCGUUGCGGGCAUUGCCCUUGCAGUGGACAAGCCAGUGAAUCCUGAAAUCGACGCAAAGCUAAAGACAACGUCCACUGAACUUGAGAGGUUACAGCUCGUCAAAGAUGACUAUGUGUUUGACUUCAAGAAACACGAGUACUUCACAUACUCGCCCGGCGGCGUCGUGAACGCCAACGCAGCAAACUUCCCCGCGGCAACUGGUCACGGGCUGACUGUCGCCUGGCUCGCUCUUGGGCCCUGUGCCAUGCUGCCGGCUCACUACCACCCCCGUGCCACCAACUUCGUGGUCGCCGUCGAGGGCCAGACCCAGACAUGGAUGAUUCAAGAGAAUGGCGCUGACCCGGUCACCACGACACUCAACCCUGGGCAGCUGACCAUCUUCCCCAGGGGCAGUCUCCACAACAUGCAGAACACAGGGUGCGGCAAUGCUACGCUUAUUUCAGCCCUUGACUCCGAUGACACGGGCACUUUGAAUAUCCUCAAUGGCCUUUUCAAGUUGCCUAAUGACAUGGUUCAGGCUGCCUUUGGAGGCGUUUCGGGAUCCAAUAGUACUGAAGGAAGUGGGAGUCGCGUUCCGGCUGUGGGCACCGGAGCUGCUCUCGGAUCCGAAGAGUGCUUGGCUAGGUGUGGCAUGGGAAAGCACUAA